AUGCGUCGGCUAGAGGAGCUGCUGCACCAGAUCAUCGACGCCGCAAAGGUGGUCGGCAACGAGGAGCUACAGGCCAAGUGCGAGGCGGCGCAAAAGCUCCUCGUGCGCGACGUGAGGAAAGCGAAAGGCCAAAUGCUUUGCACGCGCGAGACGGGGGCCUCCGAUGUCGUUCUCGUUGGCGCGCAGGAGGGGGCACCUGGGCUGGGCCUGUGCGCUGUGGCGCGCCGCGCAGAAUCCUUUCUCACGUGGCUCGUGGAGGGCGACGGCUUCUGA